GAAGCCUAUGCCGCCGGACCUCUGCUGGACACGUUGGUUCCGGGUGUCCAUCUCCCAGUGCUGAGCGAGGGGUAGUGAGAGCACCAGGCUUGAAUAAGGAGACGCAAAACAGGGAGCAGGUGCACAUAAUAAGCUAAAAUACAAAAGGGUCGGAGCGCCCUUUAAGAGGAGGGAUCCCGAUCGUGAUACCUUAUCUUUCAAAUGGAGGUGUCUAUUACAGGAGACAAUGUACAAUACAAAUUAGGGUGUGGAUGUAUUUGAUUUUAAAAAUUGUCUAAUACAAAUACUUGCAUCUUAAUUAGUAACAAACCAUUAGGUACUGGAAACAUUUGCAAAAGUGAAAGCGGUGGAUGUCUGCUUGUGUUUACAUCACAACGAUAAUGGAAUGGCAAAAACAACAUGAAAAUGACUGGUUCUUCUGUCCCUUUCCCCUUAAGCCACCGGCUGACGAUGAAGGAGGUGUUUGACUGUGAGGGGAAGCCGCGCGUCGACCUCCUGAAGGCUCACCUCACGAAGGAGGGGCGGGUGGAGGAGGCGGUGGCCUUGAGGAUAGUGAACGAGGGGGCCUCCAUCCUCCGCCAGGAGAAGACCAUGUUGGACAUCGAGGCUCCAGUCACAGUGUGUGGGGACAUCCACGGCCAGUUUUUUGAUCUGAUGAAGCUGUUCGAAGUAGGUGGGUCUCCAGCCACCACACGGUACCUCUUCCUAGGGGACUACGUCGACAGGGGUUACUUUAGUAUUGAGUGCGUUUUGUACCUGUGGUCAUUGAAAAUCCUCUAUCCAAAGACAUUAUUUUUACUCCGAGGAAACCACGAAUGUAGACAUUUGACAGAAUAUUUCACUUUCAAACAAGAAUGUAAAAUCAAGUAUUCGGAGCAGGUGUACGACUCGUGCAUGGAUGCCUUCGACUGCCUUCCCCUGGCAGCCCUCAUGAACCAGCAGUUCCUGUGUGUCCACGGGGGACUGUCGCCCGAAAUCCACACCCUAGACGACAUCAAAAAGCUGGACAGGUUUAAAGAGCCUCCAGCGUUCGGGCCGAUGUGUGACUUACUAUGGUCAGACCCGCUGGAAGACUUUGGAAAUGAGAAAACACAGGAAUACUUCAGCCACAACACAGUCAGAGGCUGCUCAUACUUCUACAGUUACCCUGCCGUGUGUGAGUUUCUACAGAACAAUAAUCUACUGUCAGUUAUCCGGGCUCAUGAAGCACAAGACGCUGGUUACCGGAUGUACCGGAAAAGCCAAACCACAGGCUUUCCCUCCUUAAUCACCAUUUUCUCAGCACCAAACUACCUUGAUGUUUACAAUAACAAAGCUGCGGUACUGAAGUACGAGAACAACGUGAUGAACAUCCGGCAGUUCAACUGCUCACCUCAUCCCUACUGGCUUCCGAACUUCAUGGACGUCUUCACCUGGUCGUUGCCCUUUGUUGGCGAGAAAGUUACAGAGAUGCUGGUGAAUGUCCUGAAUAUUUGCUCUGAUGACGAACUCAUGAAUGACGGGGAUGAAAUAUUUGAUGCCAAUGCUGCAGCUGCCCGGAAGGAGGUCAUUCGAAACAAGAUUAGAGCUAUAGGAAAGAUGGCCAAAAUGUUUUCAGUCUUGAGAGAGGAGAGUGAAAACGUUUUGACACUGAAGGGCCUGACUCCUACCGGAAUGCUUCCCAGCGGAGUCCUCUCUGGAGGCAAGCAGACAUUACAAAGCGCCACCAUUGAGGCUAUUGAAGCCAUUGAGACCGUUGAAGACGGAGAAGCGAUCCGCGGAUUCUCGCCGCAGCACAAGAUCAGCAGCUUCGAGGAGGCGAAGGGGUUGGACCGCAUCAACGAGCGGAUGCCGCCGCGCAAGGACGCCGUGAACAACGUGGGCCACUCCAUGGGCAAGAUGAACAUGUCGGAGUCCAACGGCACGGACGAUAACAGCAAUAUUCAGUGAUCCCCCGGCGUUAAGACUCCCACACACAUCCCCGGCGGAGCGUCACGGAGAUCCUCGCCCCUCCCCCCGCCCCUGGUUUCCAACAGACAAACCUGCUUGAAUCGAUCAUUAGAAACACAAACCACGCCGCCCUGAAUUAGAGCCCCGCAAGCCGACGACAAGCAAACAGACAAGCAAGCGACCUCUCUGGGGGCUCGAGCCCCGGUCAGGAGCGCGCCCGAGACUGCGUCCGCCACUUCCUGUUUCCUGCCCGCGAGAGCCCGGGGGGCUCCGCCCUUCCGGGUACUCGAGCCAAUCACGGCGUAGCGACGCUUCGGGAAGGCGCACCAUCGGUACCGGCACCGCACGUUUUCAAACUUCAUUAAAGGUUUCGUUCGUAAAACAUCUUAUAAGAAAAAAAAAAGAUCUUGCUGUUGAAAAUGUUUUGCUACUAGUAUUAAUAAAGAGAAUAUUAAAAAAAUGUAAGUCUUAUAAAAUGUGUACAAUUUCAAGAUAUUUGCAAUGCAAUCUUACCUGAAAUUCAGUUUUUGUAAGAGGACAUUGGCCCCUGAUUCAUUCUGUGUGCUAGGUUAAUCAUUCUUUUAAUAAGCCACUGUCGACCACGUUGCUCUGAAUAAGUAAAUAAUGCAAUUUGACUUUUGUUGCUACCUUGUCACAAUAUACCUGAUCGUUUCUCACUUGCCUGUAAUUACAAAUGUACACAGUAUGUUUUGCAAACUGAUUUACCAUUGCAGUAAAAUAAAAAUAGACAAUAAUUUGUA